UCAAUACCAGCAUCAACACCAACAUCAACAUCAACACCAACACCAACACCAACACCAACAAUCAACAACAACACAAUGGCAGCGAAAAAGACCCGCGUUUAACAUCUAAUGCAUCUCAAGUCUACCGGUAUAUCUGCCCUGCCCAAGAUUGGCGAUCGACCUUCAGUCAUCAGUUGAAUCUUUCUUCAAGGCUGUCUUCGCAAGAUUUCCUAUGCUUCACGAGAUCCAGUGCUGAUUGUCGAAGCGUCAUUAUGGGCACGAAAUAACUUGUAUUUUGUAUCUACAAUUUCCAGUUGAAUCUUAUAUUCUUUUUCUCAUCCAAGCCUUUCCUUUUCCUUACUCCACCUAUUGAUACGCGCUUUUUCUCUAGACGGCACGGACUUCAAUCAUCCAUAACAGAAUAUCGAACUUUCUUCCCAGUGUUAGACUACGGAUUGUCCUUGAAACAUUGAUAGAAUAUGCGAGAGUUGGAAUUAAGUUUACGGUGAGACCAUAUCCCAUUCACAUGGACAAUGAGACGAGGAAUUCACUCCAUCAUAUCCGUAUUGCAUUACUUAUUCAGUCUCCUAGCAAUGACUUUCAAUUCAUUCACCUCAAUUGAUCUCGGUGCUACUAAGUAAAUCGAUGAUGGUCUCUCUUAGUUUAUCCCAAAGUGUUCGCACUCUAUGCACAGGAAGGAAAUAUCCAU